UUGCUCAUAGGUGCGGAUGCAAACAUGGCGGAAGAGGAGAAUCAGUUUGAAGAAUAUGAACAAAUAGACUUUUUACGAGAUCGACAUGUGCGAUUCUUCCAGAGGACGCUUCAGGUGUUGCCAGAAAGAUAUGCAUCUUUGGAGACAACCAGGUUGACCAUAAUAUUCUUCGCCCUGUCUGGUCUCGAUGUGCUGGAUGCGCUGGAUGUGAUAGACAGAAGCGUCAUGAUCGAGUGGAUCUACUCGCUGCAGGUUCUGCCUACGGAAGACAAGUCCAACCUGAGCCGCUGUGGUUUUCGGGGGUCGUCACAUAUUGGAAUUCCUUACAGCACCAAGGGUCCAGGUGUUCUUCAUCCGUACGACAGUGGCCACGUGGCCAUGACAUACACAGGCUUGUGCUCCCUGUUGAUCCUGGGAGACGACCUGAGCCGGGUCGACAAACAAGCCUGCCUGGCUGGCCUCCGAGCUCUGCAGCUUGAGGAUGGCAGCUUCUAUGCAGUGCCAGAAGGAAGUGAGAAUGACAUCAGGUUCAUCUACUGUGCUGCCUGUAUCUGCUACAUGCUGGACGACUGGUCAGGCAUGAACAUCCAGAAAGCGAUCGACUACAUCCACGACAGUUUGUCGUACGACAAUGGCUUCGGUCAGGGAUCAGGGCGGGAGUCACAUGGUGGCUGGACGUUCUGUGCCAUCGCCUCGCUCUGUCUAAUGGGUCGGCUGGAGGAAGCUCUGAGUCAGCGGGAGCUGGACCGCAUUCGCCGCUGGUGCAUCAUGAGGCAACAGACGGGCUUUCACGGUCGCCCAAACAAACCUGUAGACACUUGCUACUCCUUCUGGGUGGGAGCAACGUUAGAGCUUUUAGAUGUUUUCAAAUACACCAACUUUGACAAGAACAGGAGCUUCAUCCUGUCCACGCAGGACCGCCUGGUGGGAGGCUUCGCCAAGUGGCCUGACAGUCAUCCAGAUCCUCUUCAUGCCUACCUGGGUCUGUGUGGUCUGUCUCUGAUCGGCGAGCCCAGUCUGAGGAAGGUCCACCCGGCCCUUAACAUCACCCAGAGAGCCUUCGAGCACCUGCAGCAGGUGCAGCAGACAUGGAGGGACCAGAGCGGCAGCUGCAGCCAACAGCACUGACAGCGCCAUGAGCCACCACGCUGCCUCUGAACAGGUCGUCUGAGGGAGUUGCUCCCAAACAACUGCGCAGGAUCACUGCUUUGCCACCUUACAGUAAAGACUCUGAACAUGGAGAGCUCCAUUUUGCUUUUUGACACAUUUGCUGCCUUUAAUAAAAAUUCUAAAAGUCUAGUCCACUAAAACACGCACUGAGGUCUGUCGAUUUAGUCAGAGUACGGUUCAGUUUUACAUUUUACUUAACACGCAGAAGCCAAUUAAUGUCGCUUUGUUUUCAAGUGACACUUUCAUAAGUGGCCAAUCUGGAAUUUCUGACAUCAGAGACUCAAAUUGUCUGUCAGGAAGGAAGAAAACUUGAACAGAGGAUUGUUUACAUCCUUAUUCUAGCCUACAGGUGGAGGGUCCCAAAGGUGAUUCCCGCCUGACCUCACUGCGCCUCAAGGAUUGUUUACCUGGUAACAAAUGUAAAUAGAGAUGAAUCAUGCCGAGAGAUAGUUUGUGAAAUAAAAUAUUUAGAUAUCGCCUUCGCUGGUUCUGGGGAACAGUUAUUGUUUAUCCAGAAGCUAACUCUGGGACUCUCUGGAGGAAGGGCGAAGAGGCCAGAGCGCUGCCGAGAAACCCGGCUUGUUUCCCUUCAAGGCAGGAAAAAUCAAUGGAGGCAAGAAGCAGCAAACAAAAAAUGAUGUGUAAUUGACUUUGUCCAGUUGAAGAGAAAUGGUCUUCAGCGUAAUUUAUUUUUCUCUGCUGAAAACCUUCUGAAAUCUGAAGCAUAAGCAGAAGUGAAUAAAAGCCAUCUUCGCUCCAGCUUGGCGCCGUAGCCACGCCCUUUUCUUUUAACAAGCCACCUGCUCCUAAAAAAAGUGAGAAGCAAGAGGACUGAAAAGCUCAGCAGGGUGUGAAGGCUGCAGCCAUUGUUGUCACCUGUCCCGAUUCUGACCAAGCACGUUGGAUUCGGCGACGCUGACCUUGACCUUGAACAGCUCUCCCGUCGUCUUUGUCCUGGAUUUUCCCAUCCGAAAACCAGAGCAGAGGACGGGGCUCGAUAAAUAAAUAAAUGCGUUUGGGGCAUCUAUUAUUAAAGGUGUGGCGGCUGGGGCUGCUAUUUUAGAGCAUGGAAGACCGGCUAGUGAGUGGCAGGUUAUGGUAAUGAGUCCUUGGUUUAUUUUCUUUGUGCUGAAGUAAGCAUGCUGCGACUCCAGCGGGAGCCUAGUUAGCUGCUUGUCUGACACAGAUCAAUUGAAAUUGGAUGAACUUGAUGCAUUUUCGGAUCCCACGCCCAUAGAACGCUCCCUCAGCUGUACUAAGGAUGGAAUUGGUGGGACACAGGAAGCAACCUCAAACUACAACAUAUAACAUGAUGAGAAAAUGCUUUUGACUGCGGAACUUGUUCGACUCUCAUUUGCAAUUCUACCUCUGUGUAAGAUAAUUCUGCCAUUCUACAAUUCUACAGUUACAAAGAAUAUGCAUCCCUCGCGUUCGCUGGACUCUUUUCUGUGUCAAAUGGAUACAUCCUUUGAUGAAUAUAGACAGAGAUGCUUUUUGAUGCUGUUUUUAAAAUGUGAAAUUUUAAUUCCCAACAACUAAUUCAUCCCAUAUCAAACACUGCUUCUGUGUUCGUUCGGCACCACAUGGCUCCACCCUCCUUCCUUUGAGUGUCAGCUCUCAUCCUGUUUUCAUAGUUGUUCUCUCGAAGCAGCAGAAAAUGUAUUAGUCGCAAACAAACGCUGACAAAUACUGUAAAUGUAACCGAGUUUAUUUUUUCUAUGCUUUGUAGAGAGAGUAGAUAAAAAUUCACAUGUGACUUGAAUUGAAGGUGAAACUGUCUGAGGUGGUUGAGACUGUGAAGGUGUGGGUUAUUUUAACAGUGGAAGACGAACCUGUCGUCAGUAAAGAUGUUUGGCAAUUUG